GGAAGAGGGAAGAGGUUCUGCAAAGAGAUGGAGAAAGUGUUGACAGCUGAACUGUCUCAAACCCAGUAACCAGACUUACUGUUUCCGCUUUUUUUUUUUUUUAAUCUAUCCAGAUUCGUUUUCAAACAUUUAACCAUUUGAAGCACUCUGGAAGUUCUUCCGGGAUAGAUUUUAUUCCAAAAACGAGGAGAUUUCUUGUGUUUUGGCAGCAGUUUAACUUGUGUCUCCUACUGGAAUGGAACAUGGCAACGACUGAGACGCAGCUGAUGUUGAGCGUCGGAUUAAUUGAGAAAGACGUGAAUGGAGACACGUUGUGGGUGUGGUGUUAUCCCUCCGUCAGCGCUGAGCUGAGGCAGCUGCUGCUCAGGAAGUGCUGCCUGACGCAGGAUGGACGGGAUUUCCACACCUUCGUGUUCGGCCAGUUCAGCCGGACCUGGUACUACAUCACAACGCUGGAGGUCCAGGAGCCGACGGCGCUGAACAAGGUCACCCAUUUUUCGAUCGCUGUCACAGCAAAAGACUUCAACCCUGAGAAAUACGCUGCUCUCAGUCGAAUACUCUGCAGGAUGUACGUCAAACACGGCAGUCCGGUGAAGAUGAUGGAGGCUUAUAUCACCGUCCUGACCAAAGGAGUCUGUCAGAAUGAUGAAAACGGCUCGUUUCUCAUCAAGGAUUAUGACGUCCGAAAGGCGUAUCUGGCAGGUUCAAUCAAAGAUGUCGUGUCUCAGUUUGGCAUGGAGACCAUCAUCCUGUACACCGCCCUGAUGCUGAAGAAGAGGAUUGUGGUCCAUCAUCCUCGGAUCGAAGCGCUCCUGGAGUUCACCAGAGUGCUGCCGGCUCUGGCCUGGCACAGGAAGGACUGGUCCGUCCUGCAUCCCUACGUUCACCUGACCGCAGCUGAGCUGGACGACCUGAAGAAAUGCCCCGGUUACGUCGCCGGGUUUGUGGACCCAGAAGUGAGCAACAGGUUGGAGCUUUUUGACGUGUUUGUGAGCCUCCCAGACAGUGUGAUCACCGUGUCCCAGGGCGCCAAAGACGCCAUGGCGAUGGGGAAGUUGCACAAGGACGUGGCUCAAGUCAUCGUCCAGUCUGCGGAGGACGCUGAGCGAUCCGACAGUCAGGUCAUCAAGGACAUUUCCAUCAAGACAAAGGAAAUCCUCACCAACCUGUUCGCACUGGCCGACGCCUGCGAAGACUCCAAGCUCACGCUGGAGGUUUUGAAGCAGCAUCACUUCCCCCCUGCCACCGAGAACUUCCUGUUUCACCUGGCAGCUGCAGAGCAACUCUUACGGAUAUGAAUGGAGCUUGUGCCGCGUAAUCUCGGACACUUCCUGUCUCCUCAAAGGCUUUUGUUUUUCCUGCACUGAAAUCUGAAGGUGAGGAACAUGAGGAAGACUCCAGGUUGGUGAUAAUUAACGUUUUAUUCAAAGUUUUAAAUGCUGAAUGCGAUUAAAACCUGAACGGUUUUAUUUCUUAAUGCGUCUGUGGUACAAUUUACAGUAAGAAUCUAUAGAAAUCAUAGACAUGAAUGUCAUGUUAUGGGAUUUUAAUAUGCAAUGUCAUUGGAUUUGUUAUUGUUUUCUUUAAAAUCAUACAUAAAGGCUCAAAGAUACUAAUAUUCCAUCA